CUCCUGUUGCACGGACGGGACCAGCCAAUAUGUCUAGUGACGAGCAGCUCGUCAAGUUGAACAAUGAGAGAUUCUCUGUCCCUGAACUCUUGUUUCAUCCGAGUGAUGUUGGAAUCAAGCAAACGGGUAUUCCAGAGCUGAUUGGCCUUGUUGUGGAGAGCUUGGAAGAAGCGGCGCAGUACUAUGCGUAUCAAAACGUGGUUCUUACGGGUGGCAAUGCACGUUUCUCGGGCUUCCAAGCGCGCAUAACCAACGACCUGCGAGCCCUUGCUCCGAGUGACAUGCCGGUUGAAUGCUCAUUACCGACCGACCCCCAAAUUCACGCAUGGCGAGGAGGUCAAUCCAUGGUUCAGCGAGGUGAUUUUGCAGCAGCAGCAGUUACCCGUGCCAAGUAUGCCGAAUAUGGAGAUGCUGCGUUCAGUCGUUCACGUUAAGAAGAAGAAGAAGAAGAAGAAAAACAAACAACGCAAAUACAAAAAGUCAAACAUUUUUAAGCACCAUCGUUAUGAGUCGAAGCGAUACAAAUACCUCUCCUGUUCAAAUAUCAGUGUUUACUGGCUUCCUUGGCGCCGGGAAGACGACCAUCAUUCUCAACUUGAUCAAGUCACUUCAGGCCCAAAACAACACGACGACGACGACGACGACGACGACUGCGACGCCAGCAGCAGCUGCAGUAGCGGACGAGCCAUACCGCGUCGCGCUGCUCAAGAACGAGUUUGGCGACGUCGAGAUUGACAGCCAGCUCGCACGCGAGACGAACAUUACCGUGUCUGAAAUGCUCAACGGCUGCGUCUGCUGCGUGCUUGUCGGCCAGAUGCAGAAUGCGCUUGUUGAGAUGCGCGAGAAAUUCAACCCACAUCGAAUCAUUGUCGAGACCUCGGGUUCCGCGUUUCCAGCCCCAAUCGCAUGGCAAAUUCGAGACAUGGAGCCGCUGGGAUUUGCGCUGGACGCGAUUGUCACGGUCGUCGAUGCACUCAAUUUUCAAGGCUACGCAGACACGAGCUUUACGGCCAAACUGCAGGCCCAGUACACCGAUCUCAUCGUGCUAAACAAGGCCGAGCUCGUUUCUGAGCGUGCCCUCGAUCUGCUGGUAGACCGCGUGUGCGAGCUCAAUCCAGACACGCCGCGCGUCAUCGCUCGAAACGGCCAUGUCAGCCCCGAGCUUAUGUUCGGGCUGGAUUCCAAAGCCGCAACAGGUGCUCGCACUGUGGAGGAUGCACACCACAGCGACCAUCACCACCAGGAACGAGAGGUGGACAUUAUUACAGUCAUUCGGCCGCGGGACUCGCCUCCAAUCUCGCACACUCCCGCUUCGUUGGCCACUGCGCUCGCGAGCUUGCCCAAGGACGACAUUUACCGCAUCAAGGGCAUGCUCUUGUUAACGACAGGCAGUGCGCUUGAUGGUGACAGCAAUUUGGCUUGGCACCUCGUCAACCACGCGUUCGGGAGAUCAACCAUUCAACCUCUGCACCAGUACAGCUCCGAGAACAGCGUCCGUCUCACUGUGAUGGGUGUCGGCUUGUCCGUGCACUGUGCGUGCACUGUGCGAAAAUCCAAGCUGCACUGGGAGUGA